AUGGCCCGUCCUACUGGCCAUAAGCUAGCUCCAACGACUCUGCAGGCAGUACUUGACCGCAUAGAUGCUGGAGUCAACGACACACAGAUCUAUCGCCAGACUGGUGUAACACCCAACUGUACGCGUAGAAAGAGGCUUAAUUUGAGCCAAUGGGGUCAGCCGUACGCGCCAGCUACUGUGAAGGUUGGCCGGCCAACAACGCUUCGAGAUAUCCACAGGCACCGCCUUCGUGAGUAUCUUGAUGGCAGGCCACAGGCGUACUUAGAAGAGAUGAAGGACUGGUUAUUGGACGAGUUCAACAUACCUGUAAGCAUAGGACUAGUCUAUCAGGAGCUGCAGAAGAUGAAGUAG